AUGGUGAUACGAAACCAUUUGGGGGACUUCAUGGCAGCUGCUGCAGGUCCCAUUACGAGACCAACCUCUGCAAUCCACACGGAGUUCAUGGCUGCACGUCAGGCGGUGCUGCUGGUACAACAUUGUUGGUCGGAGGAUUGUCAAAUUACUUUUGAAGGCGAUGUUAGCUUGGGGAUGGCUGCUAUGAAGGGACAAGGGGAUGAUUCUUCCCCCUUAAGGCCUAUAGUCAACGAUUUGAGGUGCUUUCUUGCAGGAAUGCCAAACUCGAGGGUCAGUCAUGUUCAGCGGGAAGGAAACGAGGCGGCGCAUCGACUUGCCUGGAUGGGCCUUAGUAGCCCUCAGGAGUUUGUGUGGUUUGAGGAGCCUCCGGAUUUGAUAUAG